CUGUGCAUUAACAGGGUACAUUAUUGAGUACAUACUCGUUCAUAAUAUAGAUGUGUUUCAUUCAGUAGCGAACAUGACCUGAAACAAAUUUAUGGGCGAUUCGUUUGAAUAAUUUCACGGGACCAGCUUUGGUGGGGGGGAUGCAUAGCUGGAGGUGGUAUCUCUCCAGGGUCAUGCGUCUUUUCCUGCACUGGUUCAGGCUCUGCCUCCGACGAGGACGCAGAAAGCAGCAGAGCAAAGUGCGAGACUUGUGGAACUAUUGGAAAGUGAUAAUGAAGUCCCUCUACUUCAACAUCUUGACCAAUUCAGACACUGUACUAGACUGCACCUUUGAGCCCAUCUACUGGCUGGUGGACAACCUGACCCGAUGGUUUGGAGUGGUGUUUGUAUCAGUGGUGAUCGCCUUGACCAGCUCCAUUGUGAUCAUCGUCUAUCUGUGCGUGCUCCCCAUUAUCUUCAGCACAUACCCCUUUCACUGGAUUCUAUGGCACCUGUGUUACGGCCACUGGAAUCUCCUCAUGGUGGUCUUCCAUUACUACAAAGCCACCACCACGCAUCCGGGUUUCCCACCGCAGGAAAAGAGUGAUAUACCUACUGUUACUAUCUGUAAAAAAUGUAUAGUUCCCAAACCACCUAGAACACACCAUUGCAGUAUCUGCAACAGGUGUAUUUUGAAAAUGGACCACCACUGUCCUUGGUUGAAUAAUUGUGUGGGUCAUUUCAACCACCGGUACUUCUUCAGUUUCUGCCUGUACAUGACCAUGGGCUGCAUCUACUGCAGCAUCAGUGCCAGAGACAUGUUCCUGGAUGCAUAUAAUGUCAUUGAGAGUGAUUAUCAGACCCCUCCACCCGCCUUCACUCAUCAGGAGAGAAUGGUGCAUAAGAGCCUCAUUUAUUUGUGGGUGCUGACAAGCUCAGUAGCUGUAGCUCUAGGUGCACUUACAUUGUGGCAUGCAGUGCUGAUUACCAGAGGAGAGACCAGUGUGGAGAGACAUAUCAACCGCAAAGAAAGAAAACGACUCAAACUGAAGGGCAAAGUUUUCCGCAAUCCCUACCACAAUGGAAAAAUUGACAAUUGGAAAAUGUUUUUUGGUGUGGAGAAGCGGAGUCACUGGCUAACGCGAGUACUGCUGCCUUCCAGUCAUGCUCCUCACAGGGAUGGCCUGACGUGGGACUGUCCUGUGUACAGAAACAACACCAUGACUAUAUGAUGUUACAGACAUAUCCUUAUAUUCCUUCAUCAGCUCUGGAACUGAUGGAUCAUUUCAUUUCAUUGACUCUUACGGGAGGGGUCAAAUCUGCUCUACUCAAACCCUGGUCCUUUUAAAAUGAACUUGGUGCCGUUUAAGCAUCUUAAUGGUUUUUUAAAUAGUCGUGUACUGAAAUAGUGUGGCUGUGGUGCAGAUGUGGUACUAUGUGCCGAGUUUAAAGUGGUACUUAGUGCCAAAGAUUUAUUGUAAACGGAUUUUUACUGAAAUGUUUGGUACCAAUAGUGAUCACACUGAUUAAUAGAAAUCUGAUUAAUUGAAGUUAUUUUGUGCUUAUUUCCAAAUAAUGUUUUCUAGUUAGAACAUUUGACAAGAUUUUACAUGUAAAAACAACAGAAGUUCUUUCUACUUUGCAAACUCUUUCCAGAUUUAAAAAUGGGAAAAAUCUCAGAUUUUUAGUGCGGUCUCACUUUUGGACUCCAAUCUAUGUGUAAGCAAAAAUACAUUUCUUGGUGUUUUGAUUUGGAAAAAACAAAACUUUUUGACAUUUCAGUCAUACAAAUGUAACUACCUAAAAUAUGUUUGUAAUUUAUGUUUAAGGUUUCUUAUUGGUAUCACGUACCAACACCUUACAUGUGAAGUAAUGCAGUCUGAUAUAAUGUACCAAUAAAACACUGCAGUUACU